UUGGGCGUGAAUCGAAGUGAUUCAAUAUUAAAUAAUAUUGUUUAAAAUAUCACUUAAUUUAGUGGCAUUUACUUAUUACCGUAUUUUCCAGGCGUACCAGCUGCUAUUGUAGGAGCAACAGGUGGUGUACUGCGUCGUGACUAUGCUUUACAAGAUUUUUGUUAUGUGCAGCAGCAGGCUUUGAUAGGAGGAAUCCUUGUGCCCAUGGGCGUCAUCCUGCUAAUCAAUACCUUCAUCUUCAUCCUCGCUAUCUGUAAAUUUGGCGAGUCUGCCAGCUUCUCGGCUUCACGAGUAUGGGACCGCGAGGCUGAACGUAGAGAAGGCAUCGAGAGAACACAGACUGGUGUUUCCUUCCUGGUCCUCAUGGGUUUGACUUGGUCUACGGGCUACCUGGUUCUUCUGCAGGACGACGUUGCUGAAGUUCUCUUCGUGAUCUUCAACUCCUUACAGGGGUUCUUUAUAUUAGUGGUCACAUUAUUAAGGAAGGAUAAUGUGUGGAAGAUAUGGAAACAGCUUUGUUGUACAAAGUGUUCAGAAUCUGAGAUGACUAGAUCUCGGCCAGGUCGUAAUUUCGUCACACGGCACGUCACAAGCAACACACAUGAGCAACAACUCUAAUACAGCAAUAGAGUUAUCUGUUUCACAUUAAGAUGCCAUGGGGAAAAAACUAGACCUAAUCAGAUUUUUUAGUUUUGAAGAAUAAUUAUCCGUCAGAAGUAAUGAGGAAAAUUCUAUUCUAGCGAUGACCGUCAAAUGAUCAUUAAACGAAACGCAUGCAAAAUUCAUCCUGGUUGGGGCAUCGGGAGAGGGGGCUUCGAGUGAACAUCCCCCCCUCAAAAUUUUCUUUCGGCAAAUUCGAUAUUAUUUUAUAUCUGUCAGCAAAUUUACAAAAUGAAUGACCCUUUUUUGUAUUUGCUUGUUGGAAAAUGUUGAGCUUCUUUGUU